UGUGAAUGAGGUGUCGGUCAUUUGGUCUCUUCCAAGUCAGAGUAAAAAACACUCCAAGUCAUCCAUCAUCCAGCAAACAAGGUAGUCUCUGCAGAGAGAUAGAGAGUGAGAGAUCAUGUCAGGAGGAGGCAUAGCUCGUGGUCGUCUUGCUGAAGAGAGAAAGUCAUGGCGUAAGAAUCAUCCCCACGGUUUUGUGGCUAAGCCUGAUAAUGCACAAGAUGGUUCUCUUGAUUUGAUGGUGUGGAAGUGCAUCAUACCUGGAAAACCCGGGACAGAUUGGGAGGGUGGCUUCUUCCCCCUCACGCUUCAUUUCAGUGAGGACUACCCAAGCAAACCUCCAAAGUGCAAGUUCCCCCAAGGUUUCUUCCACCCUAAUGUCUACCCUUCAGGAACUGUGUGCUUAUCUAUCCUCAAUGAGGACUAUGGCUGGAGACCAGCCAUUACUGUGAAGCAAAUUUUAGUUGGCAUUCAGGAUUUGCUUGAUCAACCAAAUCCUUCUGAUCCUGCGCAAACUGAUGGCUACCAGCUUUUUGUCCAGGACCCGACUGAGUACAGGAGGACGGAGCGCCAACAAGCCAAGCAAUAUCCACCCACGAUCUGAUGCAAUGGUUGCUUCACUAUGUCUGCAACAUAUUAAUUAGAUUCCGUCAUAUAUGUCCAAACCUCGUUUAAGUAACAGAGUGAGUUAGUGUUGCUACUUGACUGCGAGUUAAUUGUCAAUUGCAGAUAUGCUUCCCCUUUCUGUACCGGAGGGUGCUUUUUUAGUCAUGCUUUGCUACAUGUUCCUGCAUUCAUGACAACUUUUGGAUAUAAAACCUAUCUUGAUUGCCCAUUAAGAUUGUUAUUUAUAUCCCAGCGAAGCUCUGGCAAACCUUGACUGAUACUGCUGAAAUUGGUUAAAGCAAGUGUAAGCUUUUGAACAGCUUUAUCAUAUAUUAUGUUAUAUAUGAGUGUGUACGAUCUAAUCUACGCACUCCUUGUUUUUAA